AUGGCCACCACAUCGCACAUGUUCAUGUAUUCCUUGACCAUCCAACCCCCAACCGCAGUCACCCAGGCCAUCCUUGGUCAAUUUGCAGGGACCAAGGAACAGCAGAUCGUCACUGCGUCAGGAUCAAAAUUGACCAUCCACCGGCCCGAUCCGGCACAGGGCAAGAUCACACCGAUCUUCUCUCAAGAUGUUUUCGGCAUCAUCCGCUCUCUUGCAGCUUACCGAGUGACUGGUAGCAACAAAGAUUACAUCAUCGUUGGCUCUGAUUCGGGUCGCAUCACGAUCAUUGAAUAUGUUCCUUCCCAGAACCGCUUCAGCCGUAUCCAUAUGGAAACAUUUGGAAAAUCUGGAGUUCGUCGUGUCGUUCCAGGUCAAUAUCUCGCGGUCGACCCAAAGGGACGCGCGUGUCUCAUCGCUUCCGUGGAAAAGAACAAGCUGGUCUAUGUUCUCAACCGCAACUCACAGGCGGACCUUACCAUCUCUUCACCUCUGGAAGCACACAAACCUCAUACGUUGGUCUUUGCCAUGAUUUGCCUGGAUGUUGGUUAUGACAAUCCCAUCUUCGCUGCCCUCGAGGUAGACUACUCGGAAUCUGAUCAAGAUCCCACGGGCCAAGCAUUCGAAGAAACUGAGAAAGUUCUGGUUUACUACGAACUUGAUCUGGGGUUGAAUCACGUUGUUCGCAAGUGGUCUGACCCAGUUGAUCGGACUUCGUCGAUGCUUUUCCAGGUACCUGGCGGAGCUGAUGGCCCCAGUGGUGUCUUGGUCUGUGCGGAGGAUAGCGUCACCUACAGACACUCCAACCAAGGUGCCUUCCGCGUGCCCAUCCCACGCCGCAAUGGCCCAACUGAAAACCCCGAGCGUAAACGCUCGAUUGUUUCCGGAGUCAUGCACAAGAUGAGGGGUGCUUUCUUUUUCCUUCUCCAAACCGAAGAUGGUGAUUUGUUCAAGUUGACCCUGGAAAUGGUCGAAGAUGAGAACGAGCAACCGACCGAGGAGGUGAAGAGCCUGAAGAUCAAAUACUUUGAUACGGUCCCUGUCGCAACGAGCCUUCUGAUUCUGAAGAGUGGUUUCCUCUACGUUGCCAGUGAAGCGGGAAAUCAUAAUUUCUACCAAUUUGAGAAGCUCGGUGACGAUGACGAGGAGACGGAAUUCUCCAGCGACUCGUACUCACCUGAUCCCUCGGUGCCUUGCGCCCCAGUCUACUUCAAUCCCAGAGGCGCUGAAAAUGUCAACCUCAUGGAGAGCAUGAAUUCAUUGACUCCUCUCAUUGAUAGCAAAGUCGUCAAUUUGACCGAGGAUGACGCGCCCCAAAUCUACACAAUCUGUGGUUCGGGAGCCCGAAGCACAUUCCGGACUCUCAAACACGGACUCGAAGUCUCUGAGAUUGUCGAGUCAGACCUUCAGCAAGUCCCUUCUGCUGUAUGGACAACUAAGUUGACCCGGGCUGAUGAGUUCCACACAUACAUCAUUCUAUCCUUCGCCAAUGGCACUCUUGUUCUCAGCAUCGGAGAAAUUGUCGAAGAAGUCUCAGACACUGGGUUCCUUUCUUCGGCUCCCACUCUGGCAGUACAACAACUCGGCGAAGACUCUUUGGUCCAAGUGCACCCCCGAGGAAUUCGUCACAUCCUUGCUGACCAGCGAGUGAACGAGUGGCCUGCUCCGCAGCAUCGGUCCAUCGUUGCAGCAGCCACGAAUGAACGCCAAGUUGCUGUGGCCCUCAGCUCCGGUGAAAUUGUCUACUUUGAAAUGGAUGCAGAUGGCACACUGGCCGAGUACGACGAGCGUAGACAGAUGUCUGGUACUGUUACCUCAUUGAGCAUGGGAGAGGUCCCCGAGGGCCGGAUGAGAAGCUCCUUCUUGGCUGUUGGAUGUGAUGACUCCACUGUCCGCAUCCUCAGCUUGGACCCAGACUCUACACUGGAGAACAAAUCAGUUCAAGCCUUGACAUCUGCACCAUCUGCCCUUCAAAUCAUGUCUAUGGCCGACUCGAGCUCGGGAGGUUCGACUCUUUAUCUCCACAUCGGUCUUUACUCUGGUGUCUACCUUCGUACCGUAUUGGACGAAGUCACUGGUGACCUUUCUGACACUAGGACACGGUUCAUCGGCGCCAAGCCGGUCAAGCUAUCCCAGGUUUCUGUCAAGGGCCAAACAGCCGUGCUUGCCCUCAGUGCUCGCGCCUGGCUGGGCUACUCCGAUGUGCAAACCAAAAGCUUUAUGCUCACCCCUCUGGACUACGUUGGCCUUGAAUGGGGAUGGAACUUCUCCAGCGAACAGUGUGUUGAGGGCAUGAUCGGUAUUCAAGGCCGCAAUCUCCGAAUUUUCUCUGUUGAGAAGUUGGACAACAACAUGCUCCAAGAAUCUAUUCCUCUCUCCUACACUCCUCGGCGCUUUGUCAAGCACCCCGAGCAACCCCUCUUCUACGUGAUUGAAUCCGACAACAAUGUUCUCUCUCCCGCCACUCGCCAGAGACUUCUUGAAGAUGCCCAGGCCCGCAAUGGUGAGGUCACAACCCUCCCGCCUGCUGAGUUUGGAUAUCCGCGAGGCACCGGCCAUUGGGCAUCAUGCAUCGAGAUCAUCGACCCGAUUACAUCCAAAUCUGUGGUAUCGACUCUUGAGCUCGAGGACAAUGAGGCCGCCGUCAGUAUCGCUGCGGUAUCAUUUACCAGCCAAGACAACGAAACGUUCUUGGUUGUGGGUACCGCAAAGGAUAUGACAGUCAAUCCUCCCUCUUCCUCAUGUGGGUUCAUUCACAUCUAUCGAUUCCAAGAGGACGGCCGAGAACUGGAGUUUAUCCACAAGACACAGGUCGAUCAACCUCCUCUUGCUCUGCUUGGCUUCCAAGGUCGUCUACUGGCGGGCAUCGGUCCGACUCUUCGUGUUUAUGACCUCGGUAUGAAGCAAUUACUACGCAAGUGUGAAGCCGAUGUUGUUCCCAAAACCAUCGUUGGCCUUCAGACACAGGGCAGCCGAAUUGUUGUCAGCGAUGUCCGGGAAAGUGUCACGUACGUUGUUUACAAAUACCAGGACAACGUCUUGAUUCCUUUUGUGGAUGAUUCCAUCGCACGCUGGACAUCAGCCACGACCAUGGUUGACUAUGAAACUACCGCUGGUGGUGACAAGUUCGGAAACAUAUGGCGGAUGAGGAUGGAUCUGGGGCCCACCUCAUUCAUAAAAAGGGGCUAUCUCCAGGGAACAGCCCAUCGUCUCGAGCUGAUGGUUCAUUUCUACAGCCAAGAUAUCCCGACCAGCCUGCACAAGACUCAAUUAGUCGCUGGUGGUCGCGACGUCAUUGUUUGGACUGGUUUCCAAGGCACAGUUGGCAUGUUUGUUCCCUUUGCCAGCCGCGAGGAUGUCGACUUUUUCCAGCAAUUGGAGACACAGAUGGCUUCUCAGCAACCUCCUCUGGCAGGAAGAGACCAUUUGAUGUACCGUGGCUACUAUGCGCCUGUCAAGGGCGUCAUUGAUGGAGAUCUCUGUGAAAUGUAUCUCCUGCUACCUAAUGAUACCAAGAUGAUGAUUGCCGGGGAACUCGAUCGCUCUGUCCGCGAGAUCGAGCGCAAGAUUUCGGAUAUGCGAACCCGGGUGGCGUAUUGA